UUCAGCUUUAUAGCAGCAUAUGAUACGCUUGCCUCAGAUUUCAUGCUGUUUAAGGAUUACCAUGCCGAGAGCUGCUUUUACAUCACUGUAUGCCAAGAUGCUACUCAUGCUUCUUGUAGGAUGUGUUAUAAUGAUUACAGGUCAAACUACAGAGACAUCCACACCUACAGCUACUGCACAAACAUCAUCUACAACUGAAACAUCAUCUCCGCCUUCACCGCCUCCAGAGACAUCCACACGUACAGCUACUGCACAAACAUCAUCUACAACCGAAACAUCAUCUCCGCCUUCACCGCCUCCAGAGACAUCAACACCUACAGCUACUACACAAACAACAUCCACAACUGAAACAUCAUCUCUGCCUUCACUGCCUCCAGAGACAUCUACACCUACAGAUACUACACAAACAUCAUCUACAACUGAAACAUCAUCUCUGCCUUCACCGCCUCCAGAGCCAUCUACACCUACAGAUACUACACAAACAUCAUCUACAACUGAAACAUCAUCUCCGCCUUCACCGCCUCCAGAGCCAUCCACACCUACAGAUACUACACAAACAACUACAACUGAAACAUCAUCUCCGCCUUCACCGCCUCCAGAGACAUCCACACCUACAGAUACUACACAAACAACUACAACUGAAACAUCAUCUCUGCCUUCACCGCCUCCAGAGACAUCCACACCUACAGCUACUACACAAACAACUACAACUGAAACAUCAUCUCUGCCUUCACCGCCUACAGAGCCAUCCACACCUGCAGAUACUACACAAACAUCAUCUACAACUGAAACAUCAUCUCUGCCUUCACCGCCUACAGAGCCAUCCACACCUGCAGCUACUACACAAACAUCAUCUACAACUGAAACAUCAUCUCCGCCUUCACCGCCUCCAGAGACAUCAACACCUACAGCUACUACACAAACAACAUCCACAACUGAAACAUCAUCUCCGCCUUCACCGCCUCCAGAGACAUCAACACCUAUAGCUACUACACAAACAACAUCCACAACUGAAACAUCAUCUCUGCCUUCACCGCCUCCAGAGCCAUCUACACCUACAGAUACUACACAAACAUCAUCUACAACUGAAACAUCAUCUCCGCCUUCACCGCCUCCAGAGCCAUCUACACCUACAGAUACUACACAAACAUCAUCUACAACUGAAACAUCAUCUCCGCCUUCACCGCCUCCAGAGACAUCCACACCUACAGCUACUACACAAACAACUACAACUGAAACAUCAUCUCCGCCUUCAACGCCUCCAGAGCCAAUAUCCAUGUCUACAGCUACUACACAAACAACUACAGGUGAAACAUCAUCUCCGCCUUCAACGCCUCCAGAGCCAAUAUCCAUGUCUACAGCUACUACACAAACAACUACAGGUGAAACAUCACCUCCGCCUUCAUCUUCUACAGAGCCAAUAUCCACGUCUACAGCUACUACACAAACAACUACAGGUGAAACAUCACCUCCGCCUUCAUCUUCUACGGAGGCAAUAUUGACGUCUACAGCUACUACACCACAAACAACUACAGGUGAAACAUCAUCUUCGCCUUCAUCUUCUACAGAGCCAAUGUCCACGUCUACAGCUACUACACAAACAACUACAGGUGAAACAUCACCUCCGCCUUCAUCUUCUACAGAGCCAAUAUCCACGUCUACAGCUACUACACCACAAACAACUACAGGUGAAACAUCAUUUUCGCCUUCAUCUUCUCCAGAGCCAAUAUCCACCUCUACAGCUACUACACAAACAACUACAGGUGAAACAUCAUCUCCGCCUUCAUCUUCUACAGAGGCAAUAUCCACGUCUACAGCUACUACACAAACACCUACAGGUGAAACAUCAUCUUCGCCUUCAUCUUCUACAGAGCCAUUAUUUACAUCUACAGCUACUACACAAACAACUACAGUUGAAACAUCAUCUUCACCUUCAUCUUCUCCAGAGCCAAUAUCCACGUCUACAGCUACUACACAAACAACUACAGGUGAAACAUCACCUCCGCCUUCAUCUUCUACAGAGGCAAUAUCCACGUCUACAGCUACUACACCACAAACAACUACAGGUGAAACAUCACCUCCGCCUUCAUCUUCUACAGAGGCAAUAUCCACGUCUACAGCUACUACACCACAAACAACUACAGGUGAAACAUCACCUCUGCCUUCAUCUUCUACAGAGGCAAUAUCCACGUCUACAGCUACUACACCACAAACUACUACAGGUGAAACAUCAUCUUCGCCUUCAUCUUCUCCAGAGCCAAUAUCCACAUCUACAGCUACUACACAAACAACUACAGGUGAAACAUCAUCUUCGCCUUCAUCUUCUACAGAGCCAUUAUUUACGUCUACAGCUACUACACAAACAACUACAGUUGAAACAUCAUCUUCACCUUCAUCUUCUCCAGAGCCAAUAUCCACGUCUACAGCUACUACACAAACAACUACAGGUGAAACAUCAUCUCCGCCUUCAUCUUCUCCAGAGCCAAUAUCCACAUCUACAGCUACUACACAAACAACUACAGGUGAAACAUCAUCUUCGCCUUCAUCUUCUACAGAGCCAAUAUCCACGUCUACAGCUACUACACAAACAACUACAGGUGAAACAUCACCUCCGCCUUCAUCUUCUACAGAGCCAUUAUUUACGUCUACAGCUACUACACAAACAACUACAGGUGAAACAUCAUCUCCGCCUUCAUCUUCUACAGAGGCAAUAUCCACGUCUACAGCUACUACACAAACAACUACAGGUGAAACAUCAUCUUCGCCUUCAUCUUCUACAGAGCCAUUAUUUACGUCUACAGCUACUACACAAACAACUACAGGUGAAACAUCAUCUCCGCCUUCAUCUUCUACAGAGGCAAUAUCCACGUCUACAGCUACUACACCACAAACAACUACAGGUGAAACAUCAUCUUCGCCUUCAUCUUCUCCAGAGCCAAUAUCCACGUCUACAGCUACUACACAAACAACUACAGGUGAAACAUCAUCUCCGCCUUCAUCUUCUACAGAGGCAAUAUCCACGUCUACAGCUGCAAUAUCCACGUCUACAGCUACUACACAAACAACUACAGGUGAAACAUCAUCUCCGCCUUCAUCUUCUACAGAGCCAUUAUCCACGUCUACAGCUACUACACAAACAACUACAGUUGAAACAUCACCUCCGCCUUCAUCUUCUACAGAGGCAAUAUCCACGGCUACAGCUACUACACCACAAACAACUACAGGUGAAACAUCACCUCCGCCUUCAUCUUCUACAGAGGCAAUAUCCACGUCUACAGCUACUACACCACAAACAACUACAGGUGAAACAUCAUCUUCGCCUUCAUCUUCUCCAGAGCCAAUAUCCACGUCUACAGCUACUACACAAAGAACUACAGGUGAAACAUCAUCUCCGCCUUCAUCUUCUCCAGAGCCAAUAUCCACGUCUACAGCUAUUACACCACAAACAACUACAGGUGAAACAUCAUCUCCGCCUUCAUCUUCUACAGAGGCAAUAUCCACGUCUACAGCUACUACACAAACAACUACAGGUGAAACAUCACCUCCGCCUUCAUCUUCUACAGAGGCAAUAUCCACAUCUACAGCUACUACACCACAAACAACUACAGGUGAAACAUCACCUCCGCCUUCUUCUUCUACAGAGGCAAUAUCCACGUCUACAGCUACUACACCACAAACAACUACAGGUGAAACAUCAUCUUCGCCUUCAUCUUCUCCAGAGCCAAUAUCCACGUCUACAGCUACUACACAAACAACUACAGGUGAAACAUCAUCUCCGCCUUCAUCUUCUACAGAGCCAAUAUCCACGUCUACAGCUACUACACCACAAACAACUACAGGUGAAACAUCAUCUCCGCCUUCAUCUUCUCCAGAGCCAAUAUCCACGUCUACAGCUACUACACAAACAACUACAGGUGAAACAUCACCUCCGCCUUCAUCUUCUACAGAGGCAAUAUCCACGUCUACAGCUACUACACAAACAACUACAGGUGAAACAUCAUCUCCGCCUUCAUCUUCUACAGAGCCAUUAUCCACGUCUACAGCUACUACACAAACAACUACAGUUGAAACAUCACCUCCGCCUUCAUCUUCUACAGAGCCAAUAUCCACGUCUACAGCUACUACACAAACAACUACAGGUGAAACAUCACCUCCGCCUUCAUCUUCUACAGAGGCAAUAUCCACGUCUACAGCUACUACACAAACAACUACAGGUGAAACAUCAUCUCCGCCUUCAUCUUCUACAGAGCCAUUAUCCACGUCUACAGCUACUACACAAACAACUACAGUUGAAACAUCACCUCCGCCUUCAUCUUCUACAGAGGCAAUAUCCACGGCUACAGCUACUACACCACAAACAACUACAGGUGAAACAUCACCUCCGCCUUCAUCUUCUACAGAGGCAAUAUCCACGUCUACAGCUACUACACCACAAACAACUACAGGUGAAACAUCAUCUUCGCCUUUAUCUUCUCCAGAGCCAAUAUCCACGUCUACAGCUACUACACAAACAACUACAGGUCAAACAUCAUCUCCGCCUUCAUCUUCUACAGAGCCAAUAUCCACGUCUACAGCUACUACACCACAAACAACUACAGGUGAAACAUCAUCUCCGCCUUCAUCUUCUACAGAGGCAAUAUCCACGUCUACAGCUACUACACAAACAACUACAGGUGAAACAUCACCUCCGCCUUCAUCUUCUACAGAGGCAAUAUCCACAUCUACAGCUACUACACCACAAACAACUACAGGUGAAACAUCACCUCCGCCUUCUUCUUCUACAGAGGCAAUAUCCACGUCUACAGCUACUACACCACAAACAACUACAGGUGAAACAUCAUCUUCGCCUUCAUCUUCUCCAGAGCCAAUAUCCACGUCUACAGCUACUACACAAACAACUACAGGUGAAACAUCAUCUCCGCCUUCAUCUUCUACAGAGCCAAUAUCCACGUCUACAGCUACUACACCACAAACAACUACAGGUGAAACAUCAUCUCCGCCUUCAUCUUCUCCAGAGCCAAUAUCCACGUCUACAGCUACUACACAAACAACUACAGGUGAAACAUCACCUCCGCCUUCAUCUUCUACAGAGGCAAUAUCCACGUCUACAGCUACUACACAAACAACUACAGGUGAAACAUCAUCUCCGCCUUCAUCUUCUACAGAGCCAAUAUCCACGUCUACAGCUACUACACAAACAACUACAGUUGAAACAUCACCUCCGCCUUCAUCUUCUACAGAGGCAAUAUCCACGGCUACAGCUACUACACCACAAACAACUACAGGUGAAACAUCACCUCCGCCUUCAUCUUCUACAGAGGCAAUAUCCACGUCUACAGCUACUACACCACAAACAACUACAGGUGAAACAUCAUCUCCGCCUUCAUCUUCUCCAGAGCCAAUAUCCACGUCUACAGCUACUACACAAACAACUACAGGUGAAACAUCACCUCCGCCUUCAUCUUCUACAGAGGCAAUAUCCACAUCUACAGCUACUACACCACAAACAACUACAGGUGAAACAUCACCUCCGCCUUCUUCUUCUACAGAGGCAAUAUCCACGUCUACAGCUACUACACCACAAACAACUACAGGUGAAACAUCAUCUUCGCCUUCAUCUUCUCCAGAGCCAAUAUCCACGUCUACAGCUACUACACAAAGAACUACAGGUGAAACAUCAUCUCCGCCUUCAUCUUCUCCAGAGCCAAUAUCCACGUCUACAGCUAUUACACCACAAACAACUACAGGUGAAACAUCACCUCCGCCUUCAUCUUCUACAGAGGCAAUAUCCACGUCUACAGCUACUACACAAACAACUACAGGUGAAACAUCACCUCCGCCUUCUUCUUCUACAGAGCCAACAUCCACGACUACAGCUACUACACAAACAACUACAGUUGAAACGUCAUCUUCGCCUUCAUCUUCUACACAGCCAAUAUCCACGUCUACAGCUACUACACAAACAACUACAGGUGAAACAUCAUCUCCGCCUUCAUCUUCUACAGAGGCAAUAUCCACGUCUACAGCUACUACACCACAAACAACUACAGGUGAAACAUCAUCUUCACCUUCAUCUUCUCCAGAGCCAAUAUCCACGUCUACAGCUACUACACAAACAACUACAGGUGAAACAUCACCUCCGCCUUCAUCUUCUACAGAGGCAAUAUCCACGUCUACAGCUACUACACCACAAACAACUACAGGUGAAACAUCAUCUUCGCCUUCAUCUUCUCCAGAGCCAAUAUCCACAUCUACAGCUACUACACAAACAACUACAGGUGAAACAUCACCUCCGCCUUCAUCUUCUACAGAGCCAACAUCCACGUCUACAGCUACUACACAAACAACUACAGGUGAAACGUCAUCUUCGCCUUCAUCUUCUACACAGCCAAUAUCCACGUCUACAGCUACUACACAAACAACUACAGGUGAAACAUCACCUCCGCCUUCAUCUUCUACAGAGGCAAUAUCCACGUCUACAGCUACUACACAAACAACUACAGUUGAAACUUCAUCUUCGCCUUCAUCUUCUACACAGCCAAUAUCCACGUCUACAGCUACUACACAAACAACUACAGGUGAAACAUCAUCUCCGCCUUCAUCUUCUACAGAGGCAAUAUCCACGUCUACAGCUACUACACAAACAACUACAGUUGAAACGUCAUCUUCGCCUUCAUCUUCUACACAGCCAAUAUCCACGUCUACAGCUACUACACAAACAACUACAGGUGAAACAUCACCUCCGCCUUCAUCUUCUAGAGAGCCAAUAUCCACGUCUACAGCUACUACACAAACAACUACAGGUGAAACAUCAUCUCCGCCUUCAUCUUCUACAGAGCCAAUAUCCACGUCUACAGCUACUACACCACAAACAACUACAGGUGAAACAUCAUCUCCGCCUUCAUCUUCUCCAGAGCCAAUAUCCACGUCUACAGCUACUACACAAACAACUACAGGUGAAACAUCAUCUCCACCUUCAUCUUCUCCAGAGCCAACGUCCACGUCUACAGCUACUACACAAACAUCAACUCCAUAUGUAACACCAUCUAUGCCUUCAUCUUCUCCAGAGCCAACAUCCACAUCUACAGCUACUACACAAACAUCAACUCCAUAUGUAACACCAUCUAUGCCUUCAUCUUCUCCAGAGCCAAUAUCCACGUCUACAGCUACUACACAAACAACUACAGGUGAAACAUCAUCUCCGCCUUCACCUUCUUCAGAGACAACAUCGAUGCCAACAACUACUACACAAACAUCAACUACAUUGUCUAUAUUUUUGCCUUCUACACAAUCCAAUUCUUCAACAACAACAAGCACAACCAACUCUCUUACAACUGCUACUGCAACCACCUAUCCAACUACAACAGACCUAUCUACAACCACCUUACCAGAAACAAAGUCUGCUCAAGUAGUGGUUAGGAUGCAAUCUAUCACUGAACUAAGCAAUGAAAAUAUCAUCAUUUAUAUAGAAGAGUUUUAUCAACGCAUUCAGGCUAUGGUUAAUGGCACCAUUAGGAUGACAGUGAAGAAGAUCGAAAAAGUGACACCUUAACCACAUGGCAACCCGAUUUGUACAAUACUCAUCUAAAUGAAUGAACCUGAAGUCUGAAGAAUAGAUUUUAUUAUCCCUGCUGGCACCUAACAGCAUACAUUAUUUGGCCAAUACAACUCCAAUCCAUCCACACUAAGUGAACAAGUGGUACAACAAUUAUUAGUUCAAGUUCAAGUUCAGCUUUAUUUGUAUAGCACAUUUACAAACAGCCACAUGGCUGACCAAAGUGCUUCACAGUGCAUUUGACAUUGCACAUACACUUAAAAAUACACACAUACACAAUAAGAUAGUUCAAGAAACUAAAAUAAGAAUUAUUAAAAAAAAUAAAAUAACCAGCUUAAAAGAAAAUUAUAUAAACCAUAAGAUAUAAACAGACAUAAAACCCUGGGCAAUCAUGAAAAGGCUAGAGAAAAUAAGUGGGUCUUUAGCAUGGACUUAAAACUAGAAAUGGUAAUAAUGGUAUAACAUUUUGGGCAUUUAGCAGACCCCCUUAUCUACAGUGACUUUAUUUACAUUUUUAUUUUAAAAAAUGGGGAUAGUGUCAGGGAUAAUGAUUCCCUGGCUGGGAUUUUAAAACCCUUAGCCAAUACAUUUGAGCCCUGCAUGUUUUUGGAUGCACAAUUAGAACCUUAAAAUAAUGCAGUUAGUGGAUAUCUACAUUAUUUUAGAUUUCAAGUAUUUAACACCUUAAUCAAACGGUGCACAGCAUGAGUGUACCCCAAAACACACAAAAAAUAAAGAAAGCUCUGCCACCCUCGCAAGCAGCACAAACACAAAAACAAACUGUUAACAUACUUCAUUAUUAAUAAGAUUUAAGUUCCAGCUGUGUCAUGAUUUUUAUAGAUGGCUUUGGCUCCUGGUAAUGAAAAAUGUGCUAAAUGAAAAAUAAAUCAAAUAACUGUCAUUUUCUGUUGAGCAGAAUGUGGUGUUAGUUAGUUAGUUAGGUAGUUAGUUAAUUAGCUAGCUAGUUAGUUAGUUUAUUUAUUUGUUAGUUUGUUUUAAAUUUGAUUAAAUUGAUUUUUAAAACUUUAUAAAAAUGUUUGUUGUAAUCUUCUCUGGGGAUGAAAUUAAAGAAAUGUGUCAAUAUACUUGACUACUUAUCAUUAGUACUAUUUUGUACCAGUACACAGAGAUAUAAAUAAAUAGAU